AUGAUGCAGUGGCUCAGAACUAGCUCUCAUCUCUUCGUCCUAUUCAUCCAAGCCAUUCUGCUCCAGUUGGUAUGGACCCAGCCCGUGCAUCUCGACAGCCGACGGAUGCGCUGGACAAGGAUAAGCUUACUGCCGCUCACGCUGGGCCUGCUCUUCGUCAACCGCUGCCUGCGGAGACAGGACUCGGAGUUCGUCCGGCCAUUCCAGGCCAACCCAGGAUGCAUGCUCACCCCAGACACCCUCAAGGCUAUCCUGCUCGCCUUCAACCAGCCAAGCCCGGCACGGGCCGCCAAGUUGCACGCGUCGCCAGGCCCGCAUGCCGACUCCCUCCCAACCAUCCUCUUCCGGGCGGUCUUUCUAGUCAUCAAGGCAAGUUCGAAUCCAUCCAAACAAGUGAAGCUGGUGACCGGCGGGAGUAGGCAUACGAUUCGCGCCGACCUGGCCUUCCUUCUAUCCACCGUCCGCCGGAUGCUGGUCCUGAACACCGUUGGCGUGCUAGGAUUGUACUGUUGGAAAGGCGUGCACGACGACGCGCUCGUCGGGCGGUUCCCGAUUCUGAGCCGAUACCAGACGCAGACCAGCGCGGUAGUAUGGGGGGUGUUCAUCUGGACGGGGAUCGACCUGGUCGGCUGUCUGGUCCGCAUCGCGGCCUUCGUAUCCAAGGCCGUCCACCGGCUCUUAUCCCACCACUCGAGAGCCUACCGAAACCUGUUCUCGGAUGCCGACCUCAGCCGGGUCGAUCUCGAAGAAACCUGCCCGGUCUGGUUCACAAAAUCGCCCCUCGAGGCCGCCAGCCUCUCUGCCUUUUGGCGCAAUCAUUGGCACACUAUGCUUCAGGACCUCUUCGUCGAAGCCGGCGCGAUCCCCCUCACUUCCCUCGUCCGAUGGACUUUUGCAUCACGCAAACCGCACCCCAAGCUGCUCCGACUCAGCGGAAUCAUCGGCGCGUUUGGGGUCUCUGCAAUCCUCCAUGAAGCUGGGAUAUGGUGCAAUGCAGGUUCAUUUGAUCGACGUCUGAGGACCUUGACCUUUUUCCUCAGCCAAGCCGUCGCGAUAUGUCUCGAGAACGGAUUCAAGAGCCUCUCGGGCAAGCUUGUCGACGGGCCCUUGGGUAGGAUAUGGACCUUUUCCUGGCUGAUAUUCUUCGGCGCACCCAUGAUCGAGGCCUGGCUUGAGGGACUGGCCUUUGACAAACACAAAAUGUUUGAUCAUGCUAAUCAGCUUGGGCUCUGGAGGAUGCUGUCCACUCCUUUCAUCUUACCCAAACUCAUAUUCUCCUUUGAGUGA